CACAGGAAACUGAAGCAGAAAGGACAGAGAUAUUUAGCCAUAACAAAACUUUGGGGGAUAUGGAGUUCACUACUUUUAUUCGGAAGUUCCAGUAUGGGCGUGUCAUCAGAGGAAGUCGGGUUAGAGUCAACCACUAUUUUUAGUCAUGCUAAAACGGGUGCAGACAUGGAAUUCACAACAUGUGUGGGCAGUUUGAGUUUAGGUUUGAAUUCAGUACAGGGACAAAAAACAGCAUCAAACCAAAGUAAAAUGGACGAGAACUUCAGUGUAAACACCUCGCCUGGAAAGAGGGCAGCAGUGAAAACAACCGAGCCUACAGAUGCACACAGACAUGAGACAGACAAGACAAUCCAUUUUAGUUCUACAGGGGAAGAAGAUAUGGAAAUGACUGUUGUGACAGGUUUGGUUCUUCCUGGAAGAGAGAGCAAGGAGAUUGAGGGAAUGGUGACCUCAGGGUCAGCAGAAGAGAAUAGUGAGAUGGAAUUCACUGUGAGUGUGGAAGAGCUCAAAGGUUCAUUUGCCACCAAACCCUCAGCACCUUCAGCUGAUGACAAAACAGUUGUUUUUGACCCAAACAGCAACCCAGAAGGUGAUUAUGAAGAUGAUGAUGAUUCCAUUUCAUUCAAAACUACAAACUCCAUGGCAGACGCGACAAAACAUACAACCAAAGGAAUGGACUUCACAACUUGUGUUGGUAAUAUUGAAGUUAACAGUCCUCCCUGCAAGACAAGCCAAAGCCCAGAUUGCAAUUCUUCAUCUGAAGAAGCUGACAGGAUGCCAACCACUAUGGAUAACAAAAGUGAUGCAACAAUUGUUAUCAACAGCAAUUGUCAAUUAACAAAUAACAUGGACUUUACAACAUGUAUUGGGGAGGUUGACAGUCCUGCACCUGAAGGCUUGGAAGCUGACAGCCACACAAAGUUUAAUCCACUUGCAGAGCAGACUGGUUGCAUGGAGUUGACCUCUUGUGUAGGGAACAAGAGCAGCCAAGGCUUGGAACAAGAUGAUGGACAGAAGGAACCUGCAGAGAAGUCCAUGUCACACAGAGACAAUGUAAACAAAAGUAAUGUAUCCCAGAGAGAGCAACUUGAAGGCCAGUCUUAUACCUCACCCUCUCAUCCACAGAGGGAAAUGUCUUCCAGGGAAUUUUCCUCAGAUGGCAGCUCUACAAGGGGCACAUGUUCAGUGCAAGGGGAGAUUGAAGCUAGGAGCAGGUCUGUCACACCCACAGAUGGCCAGGGAGGAACCUAUACUAUACAGAAACUGUGUACAAUGGGGGACGUACUUACAGAAUACAGUGAACCAGCCAGUAAGCCACCCACAUCCUCAACCUCAGAAUUUGGCAUCCUUGAAGAAUCCAUACCUGACAUGGACCACACUGAAGAAAUGCAAAAUACAGUGUCAGAAAAUGCUCACUCCUUUUCCAAAAGCAGCUAUUCUUCAGGUAGUGACACCGAACAACUUCAGAUGACUUUGUCCAAGACAUCUAUGCUGUCAGUUAUUGACGAGAAAGCAGAGCAGUCUAUGGCAGUGUCAUCUGUGGAUGGCAAGAUCACAGUGGAGGAUUUGAUGAUGAUGUGUGGGGUGACAUUUUGUACCAAAAGCACCAGGAGGAGCACCAUGGCACCAGUCUCUAUGGCACCCCCUGAAAGUCUGCAAGAGUAUCUGGAACUGGGGAUGAUUGUGCAGCCAGAAUUAGAAACCAUGGAUUGGGCAUGUAAUUGGUUGACACAGCAUAUAGAAAAGCUAAGAAGUACUGUUGCUCAAGUUGAAGAAAGAUUAAAUAAAAACAAUCCUGAAAUAUUCGAGGAAGUGAGAGUUGCAUCAAAAGAAGAGAUGAAGGAGCUGAAGUCCAAGAUCAGAGCUUUGGUUUUGGCUUGUCGCAAAAAUUCCAAGGCCAAGUUUAAGCAGUGGAAAGGGAAAGCAGUUAAGACAAUUCUUGAAGCUCUUCAGGAAGAAGAAGAUAGCAUACAGAGCUGUUUGUCAGAACUUGAAGAAGCUUGCACUUCUUUGGAUGAGCAACGGGUAAAGCUAAAUGAAGUUGAUGCAUACAUAACGGAGCAGCUGAGAGCAAGUGAAAAUCUUCAAUUACCAGACGAACAAGAUAUUCAGCAGUAUGUAGAUAUUGUUGGAAAUCUCAAUGUUGAAAAACAAGUUUUGGAGGAAAAGCAAAUGGAAGUGAAUGAGAUCACCAAGAAAAAGGAUGCACUAGAGUUGGAGUAUGAUGUCAUGCACAAAGAGCUUGGAAGAAUUAGAUUGGAGAAGAAGGAAAUGAUGGUUCCUUGCUCAACCAGUGAAGACUUGCUGGCCAAGUCCCAAUGCCUUGACAGAAUGCAGAGGCUAAAUGAAUGGAUCAUUGAAGACAUUGAUGACUACAGAGCCAAGUUUUCUUGGUUAUACGACUCUUUGCUGAUGACUGUAAAUUAUGGAACAAAGACAUGUGACCCAGUCACAGGGGGCAGCACUGAGCACAGGAACAUUGCAGAUGUCCAGUUUACUUCAAAGUUGGGAGAUGAUGUAGCCUGCUAUGCACAUCUGGCCCAUGCAAUGAUCCUGAGGACUAUCAGGGAUGAGGAGUUGAUUAAGACGUUCCCUACUACAGAGCAUUUGCCACAGAUGAUGAGAAGUGUAUCAGAGGUGGUAACUGGAGCCCGUAUUUUGUCAGCUGAAGUAGAGAGGAUACAACUGACACACGUAGUUAAAGUAGCAGAGACAAGUGUAACUAUUGAGUUCUCACACCUUGAUGCCUUUUGUAAGUUUGUGCUGACAUUCCAUCUGAAACCUGGGGAGUAUCCCUAUACGCCAGUGGAAUGGAACUUUAAACACUGCAUAGGGGAUAUAAGACAAGAAGAAGUGUCCCAAAUUAUAGGAAACCAAAAACUGGGGAUAGGUUAUCUGUCUCGUGCAGUAGAUGCAUUGGACAAGUUCUUGGACCAACGUGUUUCAAGAAAAACUGACAACUUUGACUGAUUUUGUGCAUUUGGUCUUUGCUGAAAGAACGAAUGUCAGAUUGAUAUCGAUUUGAUGCAGAAAUGAAAAAUACGUAUAUGCCUUUUGCCACUUUGUAUCUUGUAUAUUUUACCGAUCAAAUUAAAUAUAAGUUAUUGGUGUGGAUGUUUUCAUGGAGCACGAGCUUUUAUUAUUAUAUAGCCCAGUAAAAUACCAUAGUUCAGAUUUUGUUUUCUCAAAUUACAUUUAGAAGUUUGUGUGAAAUAAUUUUACAUUUGAGGCGUAAAGUACAAUUUAUGAAACUGUUUGUAUAGUAGAACAUGUCUACCAUUAUAAAAGUAAUUGUUGUGCCUGUGUAAUUUAUAUAGUUUGUUUGUCUUCUAUAUAUAUCAUACCAAGUCAGUCAGUACAAUACAACUAGUAAAUGAUGGAAUGAAGAGUUUAUUAAUGUGACAUUUGUUCAGGAUAAACCUUGAUGGCCUUGCUUGUAAAAUAUCCAUGAUUUAAAAUUGAAAUAUAUUUGCCUGUCAAAUGAAUCCUUAUAUGAUGAUUUUUAUCAGCAAAUAUUUGCCUUGUUCAAAAAUAUAUUGUACAUACAUUUAUAUCUAUAUAUUACACUUCCAUCACAUGUUUGGUACUUUAACUUGAAAUAAAUUAUAUUUCUUCAAA